UCACAAAACUCAAAUUACUAAGAAAUCCUAAAAUGCUGGAACUUUUAAUUUUUGAAUCAAGUAAGGUUGUUGCAACUGCCUAGUUAGUGUAAUCAUUUGGUGCCAACUACUUAAGUGGCAGUCAGAAGAGAAGCUGCUACAAUGAAACAAAGUCAGCUGGACACUUGGAGCACCAGGGAGCAACUGGCGCUGGUAUCAGCUGUUCAAAGUAGUGGUGACCAAAACUGGGUUGCCGUUAGUCGGGCCAUCCGACUGCUAAGCAAUGAAGGACCUCGUCCCCUGGACUGGUAUAGCCAGAAGAACUGUGCCCUGCAGUAUGCAAGUCUCCUGGAGACAGUCACUCCUGCCAAGCGCAAGCGAGAUAAGGACAAGACCAACGGCCUGUCUUCAUCUGAUGUACCCUGCACUGAGACACCUGGCGAGACCCUGGCUAAACUCUUGGCUAAACAGCACCUGAGUGAGCUGGCUGCGGUGAUAGAGCAGGAGCGACAGCUGUACCACCAGCUGCGUCAUGAGCUGCAACAGCUGGAAGCAGGCCACCUCGACCACCAGCUGGAUCUGCUCUGGGACCAGAUGGUGCAGGAGGAGCAGGACGACCAGGCGCAGCAGCAGCGCUACCAGGAGUGGGCGAAGCAGCGCGAGGAGGCCAUCGCUGCCGUCCAGCUUGCCCUCAGGCCUCCCAAGGGUGCGGUGGGCAAGCGGGGCGUGGGUCGCCCCCCUCAGGAGGAUGCCGCCCCUACACAGGCCUCCACCAACGGCGCCCAGGUUGAUGACCUCAGCCGCGGGGGUGACCCCGGGAGGGCGGGGGACGUCACGACGCCCUCAUCGCCGCUGCUCUCGUCCCUCCUGACGAGGGGCGCCCCUCGCACGCCGCCCCUGCAGGACCUGGCGAGACCUUCGUCAGCAGUUGCCGUGGCGGGGGCCAGCAUCGUGCAGAAGCUCUUCUCUGACGCCGACGGGGAAACUAAACCUGCGCCGCCGCGCCCUCCUGCUGACGAGGCUGGAGACGAGGUGCCUCGUAAGGCCGCCAAGGACGACGACGGCGACGAAGACGACGAUAAAAAACCCGCCGUCAACGGCCUGCCGCCCGUCAAGGAGGAGCUCGACGAGGGGACGUGUGCCAAGACGGAGCCCAGGGAUACCAGCGCCCUAGUCAUCAAAGAGGAUCCGCUCAUCAUCAUCAACAAACCUGAGGCUGAGUGCCUGCAGGCCUCUUACGGCGGUGCUGCGAUGAGCUCCUCGAAGGAAGGCUAUCAGGACACGGUCGCCUCGCCCACGCUCCCCAAACAGGAAGUCCACGUGUGGGACGACGUGAAGCUGCAGCUGGGGGAGGUGCAGCGUAAGUACUCACGUCUCGGCGCCUCGAAAUAUCAUCACAUCUUCUCCGGCGACUCAACCAUGAAACUUGAGAAGGAAUCUGAGGAAGAGGAAGACGUGGAGGAGGACGUGGAGGAAGAGGAGGAGGAUGAUGGAUUUGCAGGAUUUGGGCCCUCAAGUCUGAGUGUAGGAGGCUGUAUGAUAGGAUCUGUGCUGGCCACCGCUGCCGAGAAGCGCCGCUCUGAGGAUGAAGACGUUUAUAAUAUCGACAACGACGACACGAUUGGUCUUAAGGCUUCAGAAAAACUCAAACUUAAGGAGAAUGCUCUACACAAGCUGGGCGCUGAGGGCGAGGCGGCAGACGAAGUGCUGCGGUCAGCGCCUGAGACGGCGGCCGCCCUCGGGUCACCGGGGGCAUCACAGGCGAGCUUCAUCGCGGCCGCUGACGACGAAGGAGGCGCCGGCGUCGUCAGGAAGGACGUGCUGAAGACGAAGCAAAUGAAGCGCGUCAGAGACGACAGGAACAUCGACUUUGAUGACUGCGACUCCGUGGACAGUCUUGCGACCACGUCUAGUCUGUGUGGCGGCGACAGCGACGGUGGAGUUCGGGGCACUAAACGCAAACUCCAAACUUCCGACUCCAUGUUUGGAGCCUUCCAAUUGGGGUCUCCACGCACCUUCUCCGACACCUCACCCGAGUCACCCACCUCCACCUGCCAUGGAGAUGACCUGGAGAGCGAGAAGGCGCUGAGGUUGUGGCGUAAGUCCAUCAUGAUUCUCUACAACGAGAUCGCAGCGCACAAGUUCGCUAGCGUCUUCUUGCGACCCAUCACCGAGGACAAGGUGCCUGGCUACCUCUCCGUCGUUCUCAGACCCAUGGACCUGCAGACCAUCAAGCGCAACAUCGAGGGCGGCGUGAUACGUACGACGGAGGAGUUCCAGCGCGACGUGAUGCUCAUGUGCAUCAACGCUGUCACCUACAACACCAGGGGCCACAACGUCCACGACAUGGCCACCAGGCUCAUGAGUGACGCUCUCGCCAAGAUUGAGGAGUUCCAGAGCGCGGCGGCCGUGGUGUUGCCGGCAUCUCCCAUCAAGUCGCUGAGGCGAGAGACGCGCGAGUCUCUGGCCAAGCGAUCUGACGACCCCAGCACCGCUACCGUCAGGAGCUACAAGAAAAAGAAACUCUCGUAAGGUUCCUCGGACCUCAGGCUCGACUCUGGUGUAGUUCCACUGGGAAUAAAUGGGUCAGCCGGCAAGCCUGGGCCACUGAAGCGAUUGUUUUUGACAGAGCUAAAGACCACCGAAUCUUCAGCGCGAAAUAUGUUCUACUAAAGCGCUAAAAAAAAAAACUCCCACUACCAUUGCGGUUGUUAUUUUUUGUAGAAAUUCCGUCUUACGAGGAUGUGAAUAGUAACACUUAUGAUUUUUAGUUAUGUAAGGAGGACAGCAAUCUGUGUGCUGUUCCAAGUUGAGGUACGUUAUUUACCAUUUGCAAGCUGAGACAAGUUACUCUCUUGAUCCAUGUCACGAUAUGCACGGUAAAUGCAUUCAACGAAGUUAAUUCUUUCCACCCUUCUAGUUGUAAAUUGUUAGUUGCCUUUGAAUAUUAGCCCCGUAUCCCUUCGGUCUGUUUAGUCUUCUCGUGAUUGUUGCAGACCACUUUUACUUUGAUAUAAGCGGUAGGAGUGGUAUUUUUCUGCAGGCACUGCCUGUCCAUACAGUGUCUGCCUACACGCCGAGCUGUCGGCGGCUCUUUAAUGUCGAUGCAAUAAAUCAGGAGAUCGCAGUGGCGUCUGAAGUCUGAAUGAAUUUCAGAUUCUUAUCAAGCACUCUAGCCUAAUCUGAUGCGUAAGGUCAUUUUGCUACUGAACUACAACAAAGAUUCUUGAAUAGUAUAUUUUGUAAAUUACUGAAUACGA